UAAACUAAUAAAAAAUGUGAUAACUUUUUGUACGUGAAGUAAGUUUUAUAAUCACAAUAAUUCGAAUUUCAGAAUCUUUUCACAAUAAUUUCAUUUAAAUACAUAAGAACUAUUAUUAAUAUAUGUAUACUCAGCAACAGUGCAACUUAAUUAAAUGACGGCAAUGAAAGAUCAAUGUUUGAUAAUAUAGUGAAUUCAUUCAAUGUCACUCCAAGUGGAAUUUCGUGAGGAUCGUCCAAAAUCAGUUGUUGUCCCGGGAACUUUUGAUGCUGUGCGGAAACUGAUAGUGCAAUAUCGUCAUAUGACCUAUCGUGUGGUUUAGACAAUUGUAGGCAGUAAGACCAGGAUACAUUCAACAUUUCAUAAAAAUUAUACUGUAAAAAAAUUGGUCGAGAGAAAUGUUAAAAAUACGAUUGCAAUGCUUCGAAACACGUCUAUAUCGUUGUGUUAUGCGUAUAAGCCAGAAAGUGAACAACAGUCGCCAGUUUAAGUGUUUCCAGGUGAGACGAUUCCAACAACAAUUGUUUGACGAAGUACUUACAAGCAAAUGAUUACCUAUUUCUUUGAGAAACUGGACGAGUGGCAACCAUACCACUCGAACAAAGCAGAAGAGAAAUUCUAAAUAGUACACCACCAUUUGUUUGCCAGUUAUGUUUAAAGAAAUCAGGAAAGCUAACCGCUAAUAUGAAUCAUUCUUUACUACGCCACUGCGUCGACGCGACACAUCGAAUGAAACAACUGAUUUCUUAAGCAUCCAAAACUUCGAUUAUAUGAGUCAUCCACUGCAUAGUCCAGAUUACGCAUCGAUUUUUUCUUUUUAUUUCCCUCACUUAAUUAAUAAUAAUAAUACCCAGCGAUUACCGACGCGAGGGGAGCAAUCCGCGAACGAGCGGAAUUAGCCGAGUCAUAAAAGGCAAGAGAGUUUUAAGCUGCUCAGCUACAGAAACAAAAAGUUCAACAGCCAAAAUUAAGAAUUAAAUUAAAGUUUAUAAUUUUUAAAUGUUAGUUGUUAAGAGUAGAUAAAAUAAUUUUUUUAAUGGUAAAGAGUGGGUAAGUUAUAUAAAAUGUGCUGGAAUGAGAAUUGAAAUCAUGACAUAUACGGCGGAAUGGUUCGUUUAACUUAAAAUUUGUUUUAGAAAAUUUUAAAAGUAAGGGUCUAAACUGACUAGUAUAGCGAGCGGAAACGUUAAAAUUAAUAUUAGAUAAGAGAAAUGGGCUACAGACUGACCCAUUCAGGAGUUUUACAAGAAAUAUUUCACCAAGCAUCUCCCUGCGACUAGCGAGUGUCGGGAGAUUUAUAAGUAUUAAACGGUUAGUGUAAGGGGGAAGAUUUAAACUGGAAUCCAAAUGCAAAUGAUUUAAGGCAAAAAGUAAAAAAAUGUUUUUGAACGGACUCUAACUUAUCCGAAUGGACUUGGUAACUAGGGUUCCAAACCACAGAAGCAUACUCUAAUAUAGCCCUCUCCAGAGAUAUAAAAAGAAUAAGCGGAUCUCUAAAUUCUUUGUUCACAAAAUUAAGAGCGCCUUUAGCUUUAAAAACCGUGAAAGAUGCGUGAAGAUUAAAAUUGAGUUUGGGGUCCAUAGUUACUCUCAGAUCAACAAAACUGCAUACUUGGUCCAACCUACAGAUCUACGUGAAAAACCUGUGUAUAUAACAUCAGUACAAAUUCAAGUAAAUUAGUUAUUGUAGAUUUCCCUUUACGAAAACCGUGCUGAGAACAAGAAAUUAGUGAAGAGAUCCGGAAGGUUAUGUCGUCUGUUAUAAUUGCUUCAAAAAGUUUAGGUAUUGCAGACAACUUUGCUAUUGUCCUAUAGUUUUCAAUAGAUGACCUAAAUCCACUCUUAUGUAAAGGAAUUAUAAAUGACUUUUUCCAUAUGGAUGGAAAUAAGGCUUGAAUAAGAGAUGGGAUAAAUAGUUUUGUUAGGUGUUGGUAUAUAUAUUUGGCACAUUUCUUGAGAAAGCAUGAGAGAAUCAUAUCUGGGACAUAAUUAUAUGAUUGUUCUAACAUAUUUAACUGAUAUAAGACGACUGCUUCGGAAAUGGUAGGUGCAUUAAUGACAGAAAUCGGACAUAACUUGUGCUGAUGCGGAACAUUUUUUGGAGAUUUUGAAGAGUAGAGUAAUGGACUUAAAGAAUUCAGUGAGCAUAUUAGAAAUGGUGUGACUGUCACUAGACAUACUAGACUUAUAUUUCCUAGCGGACGGAAAAUUAGAAAUCCUGCGUUUGGAGUUGACGAAACCAUAGAACAAUUUUGGAUUACGUAUAAUACUAUUUUUUAUUUUAUUUAUAUAAUUAUUAAAACAUAUUUUGUUAACUUCAGCAAAUUGUCGACGCAAUUUAAAAUAUUUUGAAUAGUCAGCAACUAAACCACUUUUUUUAAAAAGUUUAAAAGCACGAGAUUUUCUAUUUUUUAAUUUACAUAAUUCUUUCCCAAACCAUAAAGUAGAACUAAUUUUUUGAGUAAAAACACAUUUCGGAACAUAUUUUUAAAAUAAGUUGAAAAUAGUUUCAUUAAAAAGGGAAGCACUAAAUUCAAUAUUGGCGCUGUAAUCUGGCAAAGUUAUUUUAGAAAGUUCGUAAUUAAUCUUCUUAAAAUUAGCUUUCGCGAAGUUGAACCGAAAUCAAAGGUCUUUUGUAUUAUUAUGAGCAAAGUUAGCUAUGAUUUUGAUGUUAAUUUCCAAAGCAGGAUUAUACGGGUCCUCUGGCCGAAGCAAAGAAUCACAUCGGGUAACGGAGAACAUUGAAGCGUUAUCAACAUAAACUAGAUCUAAGAACUUAACAAACUCGUUUGAAAUUAAAUUAAUUUGUUUAAGACCCAACUCCGACAUUUUAUCUAAGAACUCGUUAAAACAUAAGCGAGUUCUAAUAGGAAUGGUAUAAUCAUCAAUAGAUGUCCAUGAAACGCACGGUAAAUUGAAAUCUCCCAAAACAAUCAUGGAAUCAGUAUUAUUAGCCAUUGAGAAAACAUUAUUUAUUAAUGAAGCAUGCUGCAUAUAUACAGGUAUGUCCGAGUGAGGCGGUAUAUAAGAUAAAGUUAUGUAGAUAUGGCCACUAUUAGCGCAAAUACGAAUGAACUUAAAUUCUAUGAAGUCUGAAUGCGGAACAUCGACUUCUUCAGAUGGAAUUGAAGAAUGAAUAGCAAACAAGACACCACCUCCUUUUCUGUUCAGCCGGUCAUAUAUAAAGAUUUCGAAUUCGCUGUUGAAUAUUUCAUUAUCAAAAAUCUGAGGCUUUAGCCAAGUUUCAGUGAAAGCAAUGAUUUUAAAGUUACAAUGAAUGCUAUUUAAAUACAAGUCAGUAAGUUUUGUAUUAAGACCUCUAACAUUUUGAUAAUACAUAAUCAGCGAAUUAUUGAUAAUUAGUUUUUUUAUUCACGGUAUUUCUUGAUAUUUUAGUAAUAACUACAGGGGGCUUAUCACAUUUGUGCUCGAAUUCGCGCAGGAAGACCCCAGAUGGCCAGAAUGAGUUCUCAAGUAUCAACUGAAUAUUGUCAGCGGAUACGUCGAUCUUAAACGACGAAAUAUCCCUGUUGUAUUUGAAAUUAAAUUUACGGAUGUCUGUAUCUACCGUUUUUAAUUUCGACGAGGUGUAACUAUUUAUAUCAUCAACUGUGGUAUCCGCAGCAAGUCUCGAGAUAAAAAUUGCCUUUUUCCGCGGUAUUGCAACAAAGUUUAUAUUAGUUGACUUGGAGGUAUUUGGAGGCGGAUCUUGAGAAGUUUUCCGCUUACCGUUUUCAGUAACAGUUUUCUCUGUAUCCUGAGCAGACGGAACCUUCUCUCCUUGAGGACAAGGGGAUGAAAGAUUUAUGAGGUCAAUAGUAGGUGGGGGCAUUCUUUUUAAGGAAGAUACAGUGGUAUCUUCAUCAGACGGACGUUUACGUUUAGAUGAAGGUUUUGGAUUAUCUUCCUGCACAUUUUGGCAUUGAAAUGAUUGAAACAGCGUUUCAUAAUGCCUAAAUUUUUCAGUAAGGGUUUCAAGCUCUCGACCAAUCUCCUUGAAACCACUGCGCGCCUGCUUAAAAACUUUAAGCAAUUAAAUUUCUGUUGGUCUGCAUUUUAAACAAGACCAGCGCAAGCCCUUACUGUCAAGAAUAGAAUCCAAUAUCCUUCCUGUCAGUCCAGCACAUUUAAGAUGGGCAAGCCCAUCACAAAGCCAGCAAGAAACAAAGCGUUCCGACUCGCCUUUCACAGAGCAGUUCGGAAAGUCAUAAUGAACAAAAAACAAUAUUAAAUAAAAAUAUAAAAAUGUUAAAUAAUAAAAGUAAAAGAGCAAUGACAAAAAUAUUUAUAAAAAAUGAAUGCCAUAAAAAUAGUUGGUUAUCAAAGAUAAUAACCAAUGUAAAAAUAGUAAACACGCGUUUUGAUUAUUAUAGUUUUAUUUAAUAUUGUAAUAUAAAGACCGAUCCAUUUUGAGGUUUCCUACCUUUUUAAAGAAAGAACAAGGGAACUUCAAAUUUAAUGGGGGAUGUUUAUUAUCAUUCGAAAAAAUAUAAAUUUAAGCAUUUAUUUUUUAAAGGUUAUCUCCUUUAAAUGUUGGAUUCUGCUACAUGUUCGAGCUUUUCGACUGGUAUAUCACACACGUGAUGUUUUGCUGUAUUUGGUAAGCUUUCAAUUUAAGAUCUCGACGUAAAAUGCGCCAAGUUGCUCCAUAUGUCAGUCCGAGUUACUACGAACGGCGCCGAAUCGCCUAUCCACGGUUUUUUUGUGAAUUUUCAGUGGUCUUUUCGGUAGAAUAUUAACCAACAAUGUAUCUGGGUUUCAAGAUGGGUGCUGGUUUUGCGAAUAGUGCGCUCAGUAGGCCGAUUAUGUUGAGAGAAGCGCGCGAAACUCACGUGUGAUCUGUCAAAAAAGGCUAUGGAAAAAAACACUUGUUUAUAUUUCAUGUUUUAUGAAUUAAUAUAUUUGGAAUAAUUACGUAACAAUUUUAUCCGGAUUUUUCAUACAAAUAGUCCUAUGUGAGACCGUUGAAAGGACUCAAAAAGACGAAGAGAAAAACUAUCGCGAACGCAAGUUUUCAUAGAAUUGUAAAUAGUAUAUUUCGACUAUUUUAGGGUGUAACUGUACUCUCCAUGCAAUAUGUUAUGAGAGUGUAAUUAUAAUUAUUGUUUAUUAUAUAUUAUUGUUGUCAUUUCAGUAUGCAGAUUAUAAACUCAGCUUGCACUAAACAGACUGAUCCUUCCAAUACAAUUGCAUUAGGGAAUUCAAUGGAAACAGUGAAUAAAUAUUUGGACUCUAACUUACUAAAAUAUUUCUCAGAACCGUAUGAUGCCAAUACUACUACUUCCGUGGCAUCAGGAGUAAAAAAUGCAUAUUUAUUAUCAUCGGACGCUGCUUCCUUACGGCAAAUUGAUGAACAAUCCGGUCCUGUUGUAUCAGCAUCUUAUAUGAAUGUUCAAAAUGUAAGAAGGGAAAAUCUUGUUUUGAUACCAUCUCCCAAUUCUCUAGAACAGUAUCGUUUGCAACUAUAUAACUAUGCGUUAAAUAUAGAUCGCUUGCACUGUUUUCAACAAAAUACGACAGCAGUUUAUGGAAGCAGGCCUGGUCCCGGUUUGCAAUUUGUAGUAAAUGGAGAAAACAAAUGUAAUUUAGAGUCUAUAGAUAUGAAGACGGAAAGUAAUUAUUCCUGCCCUAACAUAAGUAGUGUUAGACCAUAUGUCCCGUUUACGUUAGCACAUGGAAACCGUUUGGAUUUGUCAAUGUCACUAUUCCCACAGCGAAUGGUUCAUCCAGAGGAGCCAAAACCACAGUACAGCUAUAUAGGUCUUAUAGCGAUGGCAAUACUGAGUUCUGUCGAAACAAAACUCGUACUUUCUGAUAUAUAUCAGCAUAUUUUAGAUAACUAUCCUUACUUUCGUGCUCGUGGACCAGGUUGGCGUAAUUCUAUAAGACACAACCUAUCAUUGAAUGAUUGCUUCAUUAAAUCUGGACGUAGUGCCAAUGGAAAGGGCCAUUACUGGGCCAUACAUCCGGCAAAUAUUGACGAUUUUCGUAGAGGUGAUUUCAGACGUCGUAAGGCACAACGUAAAGUACGAAAACAUAUGGGUUUAUCGUUAGAUGAUGGCAGCACAGAGUCUCCUAGUCCGCCGCCACUCGACCUAUCAUCAACCCAAUUAACAUCAACACGUUUGCUCCAAUUACCACCACCAGGAAACAGUUUAACUACGACGCAUGAUUUUAGGACAUCUAAUGCGCGUUCAUUUAAUUAUUUGAACCCAUUAUUGCGAGUUCCCCCAUCGUCGUCUUCGUUACAGCAAGCGCAACAGCACAUUCAAGACAGUUAUUUUGGUACAGCUAUUAUGGAACACUAUAGGUGUAUGCCGUCAGUUACAGCAUUCAAAAAUGGAUAUUCUACAUGUUCACAGCAAGAAUAUUAUAAACUUUGUAGCAAUGGGCAAUUAGAUAACCUGCAUACAAAUGACCCCGCAACGCAAUCGUUGUCUGAACAGUCCGUUACCGAUAAUCACAAAAACUCGAAAAUUUCUUUAAUUAAUGGAACGGCCAUAUCGACUGUUGCACCACAUUCCUUUACUGGGGCAAAAACAAAUUAUUAUACGCAUAUGCAUAAGCGGCAAUUUGACGUAGCAUCUCUCUUGGCUCCCGACCGAAACAUUUUCACUACAACAUUAAGAGAAAGAGAUCAGCAUGCAUCUACUUUUGAUGCAUUAGAAUACGCUCAAUUUCUAAAAAAAAAAACAGAGGAAAAUGGAAAGUACCGGCUGCAACAUAUGCCUGCUGAGACAAAAAAUACUCAUCCGUAUACACUUCCCGUUUCACAAACUUGUGCUUUAUCGCCACUAGAGAUCGAGUACAACCGCGAACAGGAGCAAGAGCAAGAUGAGAUCGACGUUGUUGCAAAUGAUAUCGAUGAGCAUAGCAAGCAGACAUUUUCAUUUACCGCUGAUCAAAAUAAUAAAGAACACCAAGAAUUAUUUAGUUCGAUUUCAAAAAGCAUUAGCUGUUCCAAAAAUAGUGCAGAGAAUUAUGAUGACUCUGAUAAUGAGAAUAAUAUCAUACAUAAACGUACCAAUUCAAGUCAUCCCCAUUCUUUGAAACCAAGUGCGGUUAUAGAAUGGCGUAUGCUGCAACAACAACCCAUAUCAGUAGAGGCAUUUAUAAAACAAUGUGGGGUCAGUAAAUCGUCUAAUGGAAAAAGUUGUACGGAAGGUUUUGAAGAUUGCUACGCUACAAAAAAUACAUCUUCAAAGUCAGUAAAUCCAAUAUUAAAUACACAACGUAUGGCCUUGGAAGGCAGAAGUGAAUCAAACCUUAACGACAACAAAAUUCAAAUGGAACUAUGUGAGCAUAAACCAAACGAAGCAACCCCCAAGAGUCUUCAUGUUCGACGUAUGAUAAAACAUUUUCACCAGCAUCAGCAACAACAUAAUCAAGAUAAUUAAAAGAACCGUUCAAUGAUAUUGGGGGCCGCCAUUAAAGCACUUACAUUACGGUGGAUGCAACCAGACAUAUGGGUCCUAUGCAAUUAAAACGGAUCCAGUGUCACAAUAAAAAUUCGACGUUAUUAGUAAAGUUGGUAAAGGUUAGCAUAAACAUAAAAUCCAUGAAAUUUAGUAAAUCGAUCCUUUCUUGUGGUAUUAUCCUUUGUAACAAAAAACUAUUUUUACGGAGAGCGUUUUUUUGGUUUCUUCAAAUUUGACUUCGGAAAUUGCUUUUAAUUUCCUUUGUACAACAAUAAUACAACAAAUAGUCAAUCAACCAAAAAUACCAGCCAAUAUUUUAUGAUGAAUUCAAACUAUUUUACAAAUAUUUCCACUUUAUGACUCAUGCCAUAAGCUCGCGUGCAAGGUUUUGAGCAUGUGGUGAUUAAUAGCCUUUUUGCACUGGAUUUAAUUGAUCAAUUUACCGCCCUUUGCUCAAUUAAAGUGCUAAUUUAGACCGAUUUACCAUGUAAAAAGAAAAUCUUAUUUACUACAUUAAUUCUUAAGCGAACCGAGUUGAAGCUGGAAUGCAACUCUGCGAAUUGUUAAGCACAUAGUUGAUCGUUAAUGGAGUAACCGGCUGCGCGAAAAGACAAAACUAAUUUAUCAAUUGUAAUCUUAAUAUACUAAAUUUAUUUGGCUAUGCGAAAAGGCUAUCACUUUGGCACUUUUAACUCGUUCGAUCGAAUGAGAAUAAAAAGUUCUUGUAAAAUAUUGAUAUGCAUAUGGUUUUAGCUAGCAAUUUGUUUAUUUUUCUCGUAAUAUACAUUAGUAGUGUCAAUUUUAAAUUUAAACCUUAUUCUCUAUUGGAUUAUUUUAAGAUUUGGAAAUUUUUUGGCCAUUAAAUGUCUAUGUUUAUGCUUAAAUCCAUAUUAUAUACGUAUCCAUAUUUUAAGAAAUAUAAUAUAUUUUUUAAAUGUAGCAAUUAGAAGCUUAUUUAAUUUAACCUUUUUUAUGCACUUAAAGUCUAAAUGGUGCAAUUGCGCACAAAUAAUUCGAAUCAACGGAUAUCAUGGUGUGACUUAGAAGCAAAAAAAAUUAGCCAGCACAUCUCUCGCAAUAUAAGUUUACCAACUGAUGCUCCAAUAUUAAUAACGUUAAGUUAUUUAUAGAAGGUCGAAAAUAUUACAUUGCAUCUUCGUUUGCUGUCUUGCUCGCCCCAUAAAAAACAGUAACUAUUUUUGGUAGCAUUCUCAUAUUCUCAAAAAUUAUAGUGUUCACAUUUCUAGGCUAAAAUAGGUUUUUUACCAAAGAGAGUAUCUAAAACAUCCUGAAAAUCAAAACCGGGAUAUAAAAUAUUUGAUUUUAUUUUUCUUAAAUUAAAAGAAAUUUGAUUUUUUCUUUAUAUCUCAAAUACUGAGGGUUGUCUAUCGUGUAUAUACCGACGAACAGAUAUCCAUGGCUAAAGCGACUGACUUCGUCAUGCUGAUCAUUUAUACAUGCACAUAGCCAUUGAAGUCUGCGUUCAGCGGACGUUUUUAAGUGAUGUAGAAAAACAAUUCAGUGAAAAAUGCUGACACAUAUUUCUUCUUUAGAUCUUUAAGUUCAAAAUUAAAAACAGAAAUGUAUUUUCAUAUUUUCAGUUUUGUGAUAAGAGUAGUUUAGUGUAAGAACAAGUCAACACAGGCACCAAAAAGACCGCGUUAUACUUUCAGAGCUGAAGUGUUUUCGUCCAUCCGGAUAACAUGACCUAGCCAGCGUAUCCGCUGUCUUUUAAUUCGCUGAACUUUGCCAAUAUCGUCGUACUUUUAUAUCUUAUACAUCUCAUCGUUCAUCGAAUGCGAUAUUCGCCGUGGCCAACGCACAAAGGGCCAUAAAUCUUUCGCAGAACUUUUCUCUUGAAAACUCGCAACGUCGACUCAUCAGAUGCUGUCAUCGUCCAUGCUCCUGCACCAUAUAGCAGGACGGGAAUAAUGAGUGACUUAAAGAGUUUGGUUUUGUUCGUCGAGAGAGGACUUUAUUUCCCAACUGCCUACUUAGUCCGAAGUAGCACCUGGUGCAGGAGAUAUCCCGCGUUGGGUUUUUAGGCUGACGUUGUUGUUGGUGUUGAUGCUGGUUCCAAGAUAGACGAAAUUAUCUACAACUUCGAAGUUAUGACUGUCAACAGUGACGUGGGUGCCAAUUCGAGAGUGAGACAACUGUUUGCUUGAUGACAGGAGAUAUUUCGUCUUGCCCUCGUUCACUGCCAUACUCAUUUGCUUCGAUGCCUUAUCCAUUCUGGAGAAAGCAGAAGUAACGGCGCCGUUGCUAAGGCCAAUGAUGUCAAUAUCAUCGGUGUACGCCAGCAGCUGUACACUCUAGUAGAAGAUGGUGCCUUCUCUAUUUAGGUCGGUAGCUCGAAUUAUUUUCUCCAGAAAUAGAUUGAAAAAGUCACACGAAUGAGAGUCGCCUUGUGUGAAACCUCGUUUGGUAUCGAACGGCUCGGAGAGGUACUUCCCGAUCCUGACGGAGCUUUUGGUGUUACUCCACGUAAGUUUACAUAGUCAUAUUAGUUUUGCGGGCAUAACAAAUUCAGACAUCGUGGCCUUUAUGGCGCUCUUUCUGAGCUCUUUUUCGUGCUGUCAAAGCCAGCUUUGAAAUCGACGAAGAGAUGGUAUGUGUCGAUUCUUUUUUCACGGUCUUUUCCAAGAUUAGACGCAUGGUGAAUAUCUGGUCAGUUGUUGAUUUGCUUGGUCUAAAGCCACACUGGUAAAGCUCAAUCAGUUUGUUGACGGUGGGCUUUAACCUUUCACACAAUGCGCUCGAUAGAACCUUACACGCGAUGUUGAGGAGGCUUGUCCCACGGUAGUUGGCGCAGAUUGUGGGGUCUCCCUUUUUGUGGACUGCGCAGAGCAAUAUUAAAUUCCAAUCGUUGGGCAUGAUUCUGUCCAACCAUAUUUUACGAGGAAGCUGAUGCAUGCUCUUUAUCAGUUCUUCGCCACCGUGUUUGAAUAGCUCGGCCGGCAAUCCAUCGGCCCCCGCCACUUUAUUGUUCUUUGGACGGGUAAUUGCUAUUCUAACUUUUUCAUGGUAAGACAAUGGAACGUCUGCUCUAUCGUCAUCGAUUGGGGAAUCCGGUUCGCCUUCUUCUGGCGUUUGGCAUUCACUGCCAUCCAGCCGGCUGGACAAUUGUUUCCUCUACAAUUUUGGUAUGCUCUGGGCAUCGGUUACAAGAUCACCUUUGGGGACUCUACAAGAGUAUGGUCCGGUCUUGAAACCUUCUUGUAGUCGCCCCAUUUUUCGUAGAAUUUUCGAGAAUUACCCCUGUGGACCAGCUGAUAGUACUGGGCGACGGAGUCUCUCUCCCACCACGAAUCCCACACCACGCUUGGGCUCCUUUAUAUAGCCACUGUAGUAAAGGCCACAAGAACCUACUUGCCUCCUUGUCCUUGUCCCGUCCAUCGCAUUUCUUGGACGGUUGUGAAGGCAGCCUUUAUUAUCACGAGGACAUCAACCAGAUGGGCAGCGGCACCUCCCAAUUAAGGGACCGGACGAUCGGAAGUUGUGAGCUGCUUGAGCCAUAUGUAAAAGAGUCGUUUCCGGCCAAUCCCAAGUGAAUGGCUAUCAGAGAACUUUCCUCACUUGUGUGAACUUCUACACAUGACUCAUUGUAAGCUUUAAUUAUCAUUUUGCUGCUAAAAAAAUUUUACUGAAAGCUGGAUAUCAUGAUAGAGUCGCUCAAGCUGUGCGGGGCAAACCAGAAAUUGUCUAUAAAAAACAAAAUGUUGUUGGUACAUUGAUGUACGGCUGGUGGUGUGGGUCAGCUUGAAUUUAUUGAAUUUGCAAUAAAACAAUGGAGAUAUUUGAACAUUUUAAAAAGUAAUUUGGCACAAAGUGCAGAGCGUCUUAGAAUAUCUUCGACGUUUUGGUUCGAACAAGAUAACGAUCUGAAGCAUGCUGCUGAAAUAGUUAGACUUUGCUGUAGGAUAUUGCUUCUAGACAGCUUACAGGGACCCUUUGAAUCCCCUGACGACAAUCCAAUUGAGAUUUAUGGGACCUAUUAGAUUAGAAUUUGUCAGCAUACAAUAGCAACUAAGGAGGCUUUGAGAAGUGUAAUGCAUUUCUUAGUAACAUUGUGUUUUUACUUAAUUCAGGAAUGCUUCGUGUAUACGCAGACUUUAUUGGUUAAGUGUAAAUACAAGUUAUUGGGUCUCCAACGUUUUCUUUUUUGUUUACAAACUUUGUGGCAAAAUUAUUUUUCUGGGUAUAAUAAAUAUAUUUUAACAUAAGUAAGGAAGGGAUACGAACGGGUCUAACCGAACAUUUUAUACUCUUGCAUCUUGAAAGAAUCAAAGGUAGAGAAAUACUAUAAAGUGCAAAACGUCAACCAAACGAUCGAAAUCCAAUCAAUUAUAUAAUCAAAUACUUUAAAUCCGCGCCUCGGCUCUCUUUUUGUUGUCAAGGGUAUCAUUUAUCGGGGUAACAAUAUAAUGGAAUAGUUAAAUUGACAAUCUACAUUUUUUAUUGAUAUCGUAAAUCACUAAAGGAAUGGCGCAUACAUAAAUAUGCAUAAUGUAACAACAUCUCCAUAAUCUCUGCAUCUGCAUCGUAUGUCGUUACACAUAAAUAUGCUUCUUGUUAUAUUGAAUAAUUGUGCAGGAGUAGAGCAGAAGACAGAAGUCUCACGCUCUAUAUCUAAUCAUAUUGUAAUGCUUUCUUCAAUAUUCAUCCAAUGUAAUUGUAAAAUCGACGGCUAAAACCCAGAUACUACAAUUAAGAUAACACAGACUUGAUGCUUAUGUUUUGAAAAAUAUUUGUUUUUAUUUAGGAAUUGUUGUGACUUUUAAGAUAAAAUGAUAGAAAGUAUCUUAUGCCCGUCCCGAGCUUCCAAGCUAACUCAUCACCAAUUUUCAGCCAAAUCGGUUCAGCCGUUCCACAUAUAGACAUAAAUUGCGAAAUCGAGAGCGAUUUUUCAAAAAAGUUUUCCAACUCGUGAGCACGCCACGUAUAUCUGGCCGUGUGAAAAACAUAGCAUUUUCAAAUUUAUGUUACCCACUAUGCGACUAUCCUGUUGAUCGUCAUCUCAAAUUCAGUUUCCACUGGAAAAGGAAUGCGUUUGAACUGAAAUAGCAAAUUUUUGGAACUCAAAAAAUCCGUAGAAUCUAGCAUUCUGCCCCUUAUAUUUGAUAGGUGUGUCACAAUCAGAUUGCGAAACAUCAUAACGACAGGUCCAACUUUGACACGCAAAUGAUGCGGUGGCAUAUCAAGCCUCUCCGAAGAAUUUAGAAACUCCAAUGGAUAAUUCACGGCAUCGUCUUCAUUGUCAAGACGUUCGAUCGAUUUGUAUGACCGCAAGUCUUCCGGAAUUUGACUUCGAAUCCUCCAGUUUAAGUCAACAAACUCGGUAUUUAUGGCAGCUAACAUUGCGCGUGCACUCAAUACUUACGAUAAUUUGGCCAAUGUUCGUAUAAACAUUCCUGGUGAGUUCAUCUUUCAUGAAUUGAUAAACGACACAUGGAAUUGACACCAAACCACGGGAAGUAUCAACCAAUAUUGACCCAUUUCCAAUUCUUAGCGUAUACGAUGUAAAAUGUCUUCGGCAAUAUAAUUUUUGGUUGUAUUCUAUAACUGACGCGGAUUUGAGGGCUGAUCAUCGCGAAAAGUGUGCGACUACAGUGGCAUUCGAAGUAUCUAUCGCAUCGUCCAUCGUUUGAUUCCAGUGAUUAUCAUGUUCUAGCAAUUGUUGGGUUGAAAUAGACUCUUUGGUAAUUUUCCAAACUAACUACGAGACGCACAACAGUCAGAAAACGUUCAUGAAUUGCAAAAGUAAAUAUCCUACAAAGCGCUUUAUUGCAGUUCACGUAUCGACCUCGUUCCAAAUCAAUAACCGCCAUGAUGCUUCCUUUGGUGUCGUACUUACAAAUGUAUUUUGUUUCACCAAACUGCAAUACGCAACAUUGACAUGACUCUUGAAUGUGAAUUAGACAACAGUGACGAAUAUGGUACGAUCCAUUUGUUCUCAACUUCGAUGUGUUGUUAACUUCGAUAUUCACGCCUCUAAAUUGAAUGCUAACUGUUCUGCCAUUGUCAUCUGGUGAGCGACGCCGAUACAGUGGAUCUUUCUCUGCAUCAAAAAUUUCCGCAGAAAUGAGUUCAUUAAUUUGAUCUGGUGUCACAACCAUCCACCAUCCAAAGAAGAAUGUGUGCGUGCGCCAUACCUCUAUUUUGCCACUCAACAGAGUAUAUCUAGCAUCUAACAGCACCACAUAUACGUUGCUUCAAAAGAAAGUCCAUCAAACAUCGUAACUGUUGUUUGAAAAGUCGUGCUGUAACAUCGUGACGAUCGCUUGCUGAUUGACCGCGAUCCAUAAUUCCGCACGUUGUCAUCCCAUCUUGGGAGUACUUCUUGCUUUGCCUUGCCUUGGGCUGCCAUACGUUGAUGGCAAAAAGAACGCCGACCGAUAUUAUGGCGACCUCUUCGUGGCUUCGUAUCAAAUUUUAAUCUGCAAUUGAAACAUGUGACACACAUAAUGUUUUCACUGAAUAAUUUUCAAAAAUGUCUCUUUUGAAUGACCGGAAUAAAAAAGCAAGCAACCGAGGUUUAGCGAAUCAAAUAAUUUACAAAUCAAAAUAUUGAGAAACAGAACAAACAAAUAUUAAAAAAAAAAUUGUAUAAAAAAGUUACUUUUUGGAAUUAUCCAAUUUUCCGACUUUUCCUCGUGAAAACCAUAUGGUUUUUUUAUUUCCAAACUUUCCCUGAUCCACAAAGAAUAACCUCUGAAAAUUUCAUCAAGAUUGGUGUUGCCGUUCUCUUAGCGUUACUAACCAACAAACAUUCAUUCGUCAGGGCUGUUUUUAAGGGUUUUCUGGCAAUUAUUCGAAAUUUUCUUGCCGUAAAAAUCAUUGAACCUCAGCGAACAUUUAAAAAAAAGAAUGGACCAAAUUGGUGUAGGCGUUAUUGAGUUAUGCGCUUAGCAACACAUUUUGCGAUUUAUUUUUAUUUAUAAGAUAUAUAACUCAUACACAGAUCGACACAUUUGAUAUAAGGUUUAAGGAAAAAGUAAGGCAUUAUACAUAUUUUGGGUAAUGUCGAUCCGAUUUUUUCUGUUUUUGCCCCUAUUUCAAAAUAUUAACAUGUCACAUACUAACAAAAUUUUCCCUGAGAUUUAUCAGGGUACCCUCUAUACAAUCACCAAUGGAGUAAAGUCAUCUUCUAUGUUUGUUUAUGGGAGCUAAGGGAAGUAUUGACCCAUUUUUGGCACACAGACUUGUUAUUAUCAGGAAAGAAUUUUCUCUGAACUUUAAAUAUAGAUCUCUUCAACAGUUUUUGUUGGUUUUGGUCUACUUUUUAUUAUUUCAUCUCAUCAUAUCAAUUUCUUCUUUAUUUGUUCUCUGAAAAGGAAAGAACCAGAUGGAAUUUAAAAUAGUGUAAUAUGGGAAGUAAUCGUGGUUGCAGUUCGCUUUCGACAAUUUUCGCUCUGCUCCAUAGAAAUGUAAAAAAAUGUCACUUACCAAAUUUAGUUAAAACCGGUCGAGCGGGUCCCGAGAUAUGUGAUUUCACCUAAAAGUGAACGGUGCCAUAUCCAUGGUCCUGUUUUAAUACCGGCUCCUAUCAAGCCUUCAUAUACUCGUACCAUCUUUGGUGUAAAAAUGUACUACUGUAAUACAAUUGAAAGGUGAAUUUUUAAUUUAUACUUCGCGUGUUUUUCAAAUCGGAAAGUUGGUAGUACUGUUAUUGACAUCUAUGCUAAUUUUCACGUCAAAAUAUUCAUUAGUAUUUGAGAGAUGCGUCCUUUUGUGAGGCCGUAAAAGUUAAAAGAUUUUUACUAUGUCUGAAUUUAUUGAACAAAGAAGAAGACUUAUUAUUCGCGAUCGUUUCGUCACAUUUUCAACUAAUAUCGUGCCGCAACCACCGCAUUCGCCUUAUUUACCUUCGCGUAACUUCUGGCUAAUCAGCAAAUUCACAUGACCACUCCGAGGACACUGUUUUGACUGCAUAAAAGCUGAAUCGAAGAAGGCUCUGAUGUUCCUCACGAACGAUGAUUUUUCGAAGUGCUAUGAUUGGAAAAUUCAUUGGCAUAAGUGUAUUGCAGCGGGAGAGUAUUACUUUGAAGGAGAUGAAAUGGAAAGGUGAAUUUUAAAUUUGAUUAUAGUAGUAUGUCUCUGUCGCGUUUAGUUAUUGAGUUAUCGCACUUCUAGUAUUAUUUAACGGUACCGUUAUAUGUGGAGUGAACGAGCUCAUCUUUCGGUUUCAUCCAUUUUUACAGUGUUCCUGGGCGAAUGUGAUUUUUGUAGUUAAAGUAGUUGGACGAUAGGCAUAGUACCGCCCACUUUUUGGUAAAAUCACAUAUCUCGAUAUCAGUCCAACCGAUUUUGACUAGAUUUAGUACCCGAGAUUACUUUUAUAUUCCUAUAAAACAGUGUGAUAAUGGGUGAAAUCGGACUACAACCACGCAUACAUUCCAUAUAACUAAUUUUUAAAUUCCAUUUAAUUCUAUUACUUUCUAGUAGAAAAACAAGAAUUUAUUAUUGUAACUGGAUUAAAAGUUUGCAAUAACUUCCAUUAAAGUAUGCCAUCGUAUGACCAAAAAUUAUCAAAAUCCAACUAUUACUGUUCAAACCUCUAGGUACCGAAUAUGUGGACCCAAGUAUCUAUAGUUGACUUUUGAUCGAACAAAUCGAUAUACAAUUUAAAUUCAGAGAGAAUUCUUUCCCGGCAAUAGUUAUUCUGUAUAUCAAAAAUAGGUUAAACCGGGUCAAUACUUCCCUGAGCCCCCAUAUAUCUUAUAUAAAGAUUUUCGAACUUCCAGGUGACUUUAAGCUGAAUAUAUCGACCAAUACUUAUUUGAGUCACCUCAAUGGAAAUUACAAAACAUAUUUUCUCAUAACAGUACAUCUUUGUGCCUAACAAUACAAGUUAGUUAUCUAUAAUUGGGUUAAAACUAGAUCUAGCUUCCAUAUAACAAUUACCAGGAUUUUGGAACAUGUUUUCGUUGUUCUAUCAAAUCUCAUGCCGAAUUUUUAUGUAUAUACAAGGAGCUUUCCAAAGUAAACAGAACUUUUUGAAUCUAGCGCUCCCUGGUGGCGCCAUCUAUAUGUCGACUGGUGCGUUAGAAUCUGCUGUCUUUAUCGAUUGCCCAGUGAGAAUUUCAUGAUAUUUCAUAGAUUGGAAGUGAAGAUAUUGCGUUUUAAGUGCAUCAUUGGUUGUAAUGUGUACAAUGUAUAUGAAAGUUUCAUAAAAUAUUUUUUUUUUAUAAAUUAACACGACCACGCUCUUACUUGACAGACUGUAUAUGUCGACUGGUGCGUUAGAAUCUGCUAUCUUUAUCGAUUGUCCAGUGACACUCCAUUGAUUGAACAUCUUAAAACCAUCGAUUUAUCGCAUUUUGACCGAACAUUUGGGCCAUAUUCGACGUGUUGGGCCCGAUCUCAUCGAUCGAUGCUUGUGACCGAUUAUUUGAACAAAAGUGAUAUUUUAACCAUUAACCAAUCCCCGUAUUCACCUGAUAUGCGCGACAUUUCCUUUUCGGAAAAAUGAAUUUGCUCAUGAAAGGAAAGCAUUAUGCACACAUAGAGGCCAUUCAAAAGGCUUGCACCGGCAUACUGGCGGUCAUACCGGCCAACGAGCUAAAACACUCGUUCGACAUGCUUUUCGACCGUGCAAAAAGCUGUAUUGAAGCAGAAUUACAAUAUUUUGAAAAAAAAAAUAAAUUGAUUAUGUCGAAAAAACCAUAUGUUCUUUUUUUUUAAGUCCUGCUUAUUUUGGAACGGUCCUUGUAUAAAAUUGCUUUAAUUCCAAUUCUUUGGUUGACGUUGUGCAACUUAAGGCUGGCUUUGAUUCUUGCAAAUUGCAAGAGGAUAAAAUUUAUUAUUUGUUUUGUUUUAUUUUUAUUUUUUAUUUUUGCACUAUCUAUCAACUUAUUGAUUCUUUUGUCAGUGUCUUUCAGUUUCAUUAACACUGAAAAAAGUUACAAACAUAGAGCUUAAGCUAAUAAAAGCGGUAUAAAAUACAGAUAUUUGGCCUUGAAAAGUUAUAGUCCGAUUAUCGCAAGUUCUGUAGCUUUCAACACUGCCGUUUUAUGGAAAGUGGGCAUAAUUUGAUUUUACCCAUUUUCUUAGAAUAUGAUGAAAUGCCUGCCUUUAAAAAAAUUCUUUCCAAAACUUUCCCUUUUUACAGCUAUCUACUGUAUUGAAUUACUGUUCGAUAUUGGACAGAAUCACACAGUUUCAUACUACUUCUUCUAUAUGUAACAUUUUGUUUUAUGUCCAAGAAGUUCAAACGUACAUACAAUAAUAUCAACUUUAUUAACUCAAACGAUUUAUUUGUGGUAAAAAUUCGACAGAAAAGGUUAAAUUUAAUAUAUAGUAGCACUGAAUAUAUGAGAAAAACAUCAAACGAAGGUUGAAAAUCACUUGAUUAGCAAUAAUAGGUUUAGACCAAAGGUCUGACCAGUUUCAUUCCUAUUCACCGCUAAAUCACAUUUUUUUCUACUCUAGAAUUUUGAAAAUAUCGAUUUUUUUUCAUAUAUUUAAAGUUUAGACCCUUAAGAACAUAUCCUCCAAAGGAUUUUUAAAAAUUAAAAUUAUUUUAAGAGCUAUAGUUACUUUAGUGCCGCAGUACCCAGCCCGGUUUGGUUUGACUCACUUUUUUAAACGCGUUUUUCUCGAAACUACUUUUUUCCACAAGGUACCGGCAUUAUCUCAAGUUCUAUACAACCGAUUUACUUGAAAUUUUGUGUGAACCUUCUUUAUAUAAUCCUUUAUCGCUCCUACCAGCAUCGUGUCAAAAUUUUUGUUUUUAAUAUUAAAAAAAAUUCAGGAAUUUCAAAAAAAAGCAGCAGUCGCCAUUUUUCAAAACAAAUUUUUUUCGUGUUCCCUGAGGUAAGGACUAUAACAGCAUCCUUACUGAUUAAGAAUUGUUUUUUUCAGACCACCAGGAGAGUCAGGAUCAAUGUCAACAGGAUGCGCCAUUUUCUUAACACCUGUCUCUCCCCCCUCUAAUCAUUUUAAUUUUUAAUAUUCUUUUGUAAAUUUUUUUUCCGUAUUCUUAAGAUAUCAAUAAAAACACCAUAAAAAAAUUGAUAGUAAAAAUAUUUGUUUUUUUAAAUAAAAUUCAAAAAUCUGCCCAAAAUUUGAUUUCUAGACUAGAAUACCCCCUUAAGAAAACUCUACCAGUUAACUUGAUUAACAUACCACGCAUAUUGACCCAAAAAGCAGAUCAAGUAAGGAGGUAAGUUGGAAAUCACCCUAUUGGGUAUAUUAUGAUUAGGGGAAGAUUUUGACUGAUCGUUGUAACGUUUGGAUUACUAGUUUUUCAUUGAUACAACGCUGAAUAUUCUCUUUAAAGCACGUGUGGUUUUGAACUUGUUGCUAUAGACCUUUGAUUUUAAAUAACCUCAUAAAAAGAAUUCUAAUUCUGUUAAGUCACACGAUUUUGGUAACCAAAACGAGAGUACACGACCUGGACAUGGCUCAUGCAGUAAUUAAAGUGUUUUGCGCGCUGUAUGGCAUGUGGGUUGUAUGACAUGUGCCACAAUCUUGUUAAAACCACAUAUUAGCUACAUCAAUAUCGUUCAGUUCCAUCAAAAAGAACUGGGGUAUCAUGUCGCGAUAUCGAGCACCAGUAACAGUCACUGCUUGUCCAUCCUCAUUUUCAAAAUCCUAUGGUCUAAUUAUGCCUCCAGUCCAAAAUCCACACAAAACAGUUAUACGUUGUGGAUGCAUUUGUUUUUCGAGAAUCACAUGUGGGUUCCCAAAACCCCAAAAGCGGCAAUUUCGCGAUUAAAAAACCCAACAAGGUGAAAAUAUGCUUUAACGCCUGGGAUGAUUUUGCUCGAAAAAUCCGCAUACAAACAUUCAUCAUCUUUGAAAUAUUCUUGAAUAAUGAAGACACAUUGUUAUAUCGUGCAACGCUAAAUUUUUACUAAGCCUAUUUGUCAGCUGUCGAUUUAGUUUUUUAGGAUUGUCAAUACUUAAAAUUUAAAUAUUGCCCUAACGUUGGGAUUACCAUUGGAAGCUUCUUUUAAUAUCGUUUUUUAUAAAUUUUUGGUCUCACAGCAAACUAUUAACGGCAACAAAUGUGCGAAAAAUUUCAAUCAGAAACUCACAUACUGGCCAAUAUAAAGCAUAAGAUCAACCGGAUGUUUGUAACUUCUUCUUCUUAAUUGGCGUAGACACCGCUUAUGCGAUUAUAGCCGAGUUAAUAACCGCGCGCCAGUCGUUUCUUCUUUUCGCAACGUGGCGCCAAUUGGAUAUUCCAAGCGAGGCCAGGUCCUUCUCCACUUGGUCCUUCCAACGGAGUGGAGGUCUUCCU